AUGGCCAGUCAAGACACCACCACCGCUGCCAGCACUUCCAAGAAAACCACUUUCCUCGACCUCUCCGCCGAACUGCGCAACAAAAUCUACGAAGACGCCCUGGUCCAGCCCAAGGGAAUCAAAUUCCGCUAUGAUCUGAGCCUCCUAACCCAACCAGCCCUCACCCGCACCUGCCGCCAAAUUCGCCACGAGAGCCUUCCGAUCUUCUACGGCCAGAAUUUCAUCACAUCUUUCAGCCUCAUUUGCCUGAUGGAUGCGGUGAGCGUAGUGCCACAGGACCAGCUGGAGAAGUUUCAAUGCUUCGUGCAAAGUUAUUCUUGUUGUUUCUCCUUGGACUCUGCGGAGUAUUCUCUGAGUGAGAUUCACAAAAAUUUGCGCGGAACAGGACUGGUGGCCCGGGUGAAGAUUUGCGUUAGUCUCACGGAUUACGAAGAGUGUGUUUGGGCUUCGGCGGAGGAUUUGAAGGAGUAUCGCGAGAUAAGUAAUGAAGCCGGUCGGAUGUGGGUUUCGAGAAGAGAGGACCUUUGA